GCCCGGCAGCCGCUCCCGCCCGGCGGCCACGUCGCGCCACGUCCCGGCGCAGGCGCGGCGGCCGCUUCCGUGGCGGGGGCGGCGGCGGGGCCGAGGCCCGGGGCGCGACCGAGCCGCCAUGAACUUCCUACGGGGCGUCAUGGGCGGCCCCAGCGCCGGCCCGCAGCCCUCGGGCGCCGAGACGAUCCAGAAGCUGUGUGACCGGGUGGCUUCUUCCACGUUACUGGAUGACCGGAGGGAUGCUGUGCGGGCUCUGAAAUCACUCUCCAAGAAAUACCGACUGGAGGUUGGGAUACAGGCUAUGGAACACCUCAUCCGUGUCCUGCAAACAGACCGUUCAGAUUCUGAAAUAAUUGGCUAUGCCUUGGACACGCUCUACAAUGUCAUAUCAAAUGACCUGGAGGAGGAGGAGCAAGAGGAAAACGUACCGAAACAAGUUGAUGAUUUGGGAAGUCAGUUCACAGAGAUUUUCAUUAAACAGCAAGAAAACGUCACACUUCUGUUGACGCUUGUGGAGGAGUUCGAUUUCCAUGUCCGCUGGCCUGGAGUGAAGCUGCUGACAUCUCUUUUAAAGCAGCAAGGACCUCAAGUGCAGCAGAUAAUUCUUGUCAGCCCUAUGGGUGUUUCCAGACUAAUGGAUUUACUAGCAGACUCCAGGGAGGUUAUACGGAAUGAUGGAGUUCUGUUGUUACAGCAACUGACAAAAAGCAACGCAGCCAUACAGAAGAUAGUUGCCUUCGAAAAUGCCUUUGAGAGACUUCUGGAUAUCAUAACAGAAGAAGGAAACAGCGACGGAGGAAUUGUGGUGGAAGACUGUCUCCUCCUAUUGCAAAACUUGUUGAAGAACAACAAUUCCAAUCAGAAUUUCUUCAAAGAAGGUUCCUACAUCCAGCGCAUGAAGCCUUGGUUUGAGGUUGGAGAUGACAACUGUGGGUGGUCGGCACAGAAAGUCACUAAUCUUCACCUAAUGCUGCAGCUCGUGCGGGUGCUCGUGUCUCCCACCAACCCUCCUGGUGCUACCAGCAGCUGCCAGAAGGCCAUGUUUCACUGUGGGCUCUUACAGCAGCUCUGCACCAUCCUGAUGGCAACCGGAGUUCCUGCAGACAUCCUGACAGAAACCAUUAACACUGUAUCUGAGGUCAUUCGAGGAUGCCAGAUGAAUCAAGACUACUUUGCCUCUGUAAAUGCACCUUCCAAUCCACCAAGGCCUGCGAUUGUAGUGCUCCUGAUGUCCAUGGUGAACGAACGGCAGCCAUUUGUGCUGCGCUGUGCUGUUCUCUACUGCUUCCAGUGCUUCCUGUACAAAAACCAAAAAGGACAAGGAGAGAUCGUUUCAACGCUUCUGCCAUCGACUAUUGACGCUACAGGUAACUCUGUCUCGGCUGGCCAGCUGCUCUGUGGUGGCCUCUUCUCCACGGACUCUCUCUCUAACUGGUGUGCCGCCGUGGCCCUGGCGCACGCCCUGCAGGAGAACGCCACGCUGAAGGAACAGCUCCUGCGAGUCCAGCUGGCGACAAGCAUUGGCAACCCACCCGUCUCGCUGCUGCAGCAGUGCACCAACAUCCUCUCGCAGGGCGAUAAGAUCGACAGACGGGGCAGCAAAGUACAGACCAGAGUUGGCCUCCUGAUGCUGCUUUGCACGUGGCUGAGCAACUGCUCCAUUGCUGUCACCCACUUCCUUCACAACCCAGCCAAUGUCCCUUUCCUAACGGGGCAGAUAGCUGAGAACCUCGGAGAAGAGGAGCAGCUUGUCCAAGGCCUGUGUGCGCUGCUGCUGGGCAUUUCCAUCUACUACAAUGACAACUCCCUGGAAAAUUAUCGCAAGGAGAAGCUGAAACAGCUGAUUGAGAAGAGGAUUGGCAGGGAGAACUUCAUCGAGAAGCUCGGCUUCAUCAGCAAGCACGAACUUUAUUCCAGAGCUGCUCAGAAACCACAGCCCAGUUUUUCUAGCCCGGACCACAUGAUGUUUGACCAUGAAUUCACCAAGCUUGUAAAGGAACUGGAAGGCGUCAUCAGCAAAGCUAUUUACAAGUCCAGCGAGGAAGAUAAAAAGGAGGAGGAGGUCAAGAAGACCUUGGAACAGCAUGACAACAUUGUGACUCACUACAAGAAAGUGAUCAGAGAGCAGGACCAGGAGCUUGAAGAAUUAAAACAACGAAUUAACACUUUAACAUCUCAAAACGAACAGCUCCAGGCAACAGUGACGCAGCAGGUGUCGCAGAUCCAGCAGCACAAGGACCAGUACAAUCUCCUCAAAGUCCAGCUGGGAAAGGACACUCAGCACCAUAAUUCCCACAGUGAUACGUUUCAGAUGAACGGCAUUCAGACGGAAGAUGUGAGCAAAAUGAAGGAAGAGCUGGAAGAAUGGAAGAAUAAGCAUGAGCUGCUGCAAGGGCAGUUAAGGGAAAAGGAGUCUGUGAUUGAAAAACUGAAAGCUUCACCAUUAGAAGUGGGAACUACAGAGCAGUCCUCACAGACCAGCAAACCUGGUGGCCUGGAGCACAAUAAUGACCUACAGAAGGAAUUGGAAAUGCUGAGGAGUCAGCUGCAACUACAGUCUGCAGAAAUCUCUAAGCUUCAGAUGGAGAAUCAAAAGCUACAAGUAAUGAAUGCAACUGCAGAUCUUGCAUUAGGAGACAGCGGUGCAGCAGCAGCCAACAACUCCGGAUUGGAGGGAAGACUUGAGCAAGAGAUAAGGGAACUGAAGAGUGAAGUCAAAGUCCUGUCCGAGGAAAAAGAAUCACUGAAACAGCACCUGGAUUCAGCUAGCAGCACGGUUGCCAUCUUGCAAGAUGAGAAAAGUAAACUUCAGCAAGAAGUGGCAGAAUCAAAGAAAGAGCAGGAUGAUCUUCUGGUGCUUUUGGCUGACCAGGAUCAGAAACUCUCUGCACUGAAGAUCAAGUUGAAGGAUCUUGGUGUACCGGUUGAAGAUGAAGAUGACAUCGAAUCUGGAGAUCAAGGAGAUGAAGAUGAGGAUGGGGAUGAAGAGGAGCAAGACUAGAAUGCUAUUGUGUUACCAUGAAAACGAGAUUGCUUUGCUAUCGGGGGAAAAAAGAAUCUAUUAUUGGUAUACAAAGCAAAACAUCUGCUUAGGAGAAGCAGACGGGGAAAAGAGCAACCACGGGACUAGUUCUAAGUUACUGAAGUGUUUGAAACCCCUUCACAUAAGGUAAAGCAAACAAAAAUCACUGUUUAAGUUCUGCAUCAGUAUCCCAAAUUGUCCUUGUUUAGAAGUUGCUUUAGACGCUGUUUAAAGCACGGGGAUGACAAUGCUGCUGCCUCAGUUUAUUGUCAUCGACAAGUUCUGUGCUUUUGUUUCCGGUUUUAACCUGCUGGAACUCUUAAUUAAAUACAGAAGAAUCUAGUUUAACAUCAGUUAGGUGGAAACAUCGCCCCUGCCUCCAGCAUGAACUUCAGUGUAAUUGUGGUCUCCAAAAAGCGGUGGCGAGGCAGAGCGGUGGGGUGGCUGCAGUGUGCGGCAGCCGCCCUGCCGGCCUGGUGGGCCGCUUCUCUGGGAGCAAAGGGACCUGCACAGCGCCGAGUGCCUUGACACCUGCUAAGGCCGCAGCCAGAACUUCCCAGGGAGCUGCAGCGCCACGCUAACAACGCGGGAGAGCUUUCACGGGGAAGCUGCGCCAGAGAGGUAGCCUUUUUCAGAAGAAAUGCUGUGGAAAACCAAGACCAACGCAUUUUCUAAAGAUCUGAUGUGCUACCUGUCAGCAUAAAAAUAAGUAAAAACCUUGUUGACUACUUCAGUAGGGAGAUGAAAACUGCUAUGAUUUAUAUAACUUAUUGGCUCUUGAUGAGUGAAUAAAAGAUGAAAUUUUAAAAGAAAAAGCUGAAUAUGGUAAAGGCAUCUAUUUCAGUUUUGGU